CGUGAUCGUACUUAAAUUUAUUUUUUAUCGUUGAAUUGAUUAUACUUAGUGUUACCAUCACUGAAACUAUAAUUCUUAUCAUUAUCAUUACCAUCAGGUACUUUUUUGGCAUAAAAUUCUACCAGGACAUUGAGGAUGCUGGCGAUACUGGCAUCAGUGAAUUGUGGAUGCAUUUAAUUGACUUUUAAGGACAUUUGAUUAGACUUUGUACACUCACAGUCCCACACACACAUAUGGACUUACUGAAAAUUUCUUCAAAAAGGAUACAAACAAUCUGCAGUGAAUGAUUAUUGAAACACGUAUAUAUUUUGAAUUAUUAUGAAUUUCAAUUAAUUGAAUUGAGAGAAAAGAUACAUCACUAAGAUGAGAAGUAAAUCGAGUACAUUAACCCAGUCACAAAAUGCUGAUUGCAGUAUGGUUACUAUCAGUUUAUCUCCUGAAUUGAGAAGAAUAGAGCAAAUACUCUUUGCUUCAGUGAAACAAAAUCGUCUUGAUUUAGUCAAUAAAAUUAUUCAAGAUCAAAAGUGUGACAUUAAUGUCCGCGAUAGUUUCGAUCGUACUCCACUACAUCUUGCUUCAUCUUCUGGGAAUUUAUCCAUAGUUAAAGCGUUAGUAAUGGGAAGAGCGAUAAUUGAUCCAAUAGAUAAGUUUGGUAUUACUCCAUUAUUUUGGGCAGUAUACAAUAAUCAUAGACAUGUGGCACAUUAUUUACUCGAUGCUGGAGCUAAACACAAUCGACAUACAAAGCAAGGCUUUACAAUUAUGCAUUUCAUAGCUGAAUCCAAUGCAAUCUCAAUCUUGAAAUGUUUGUACAAAAAAUUCCAACUCCUAGAUUAUGACCUAUCAGACAAUAAUGGAAUGACUCCAUUUUUGAUUGCUGCAUCAAAAGGAAAUUUACGUCUGAUUGAAAUACUUAUUAAACGAAAAUGUAAUACAUUAAAAAAGAAUAUGCAUGCGAGGAACGCACUUCAUUUAGCUUCUAAAAAUGGUCACAUUGAAACCUUGGAAUGUCUCUUGUCUUUGAAGAAACUAAGAGAAAAAAUCGACGAAAUGGAUAUAUUCGAAACCACUCCAUUACAUUUAGCCUGUGAAAAUAACCAAAAAGAGUGUGUUCGACUACUUCUGGAACAUGGUGCUCAACCUGAUAUUUCAACAUCUAAUCACGCUUGUCCAUUGAUUGAAUGUUCCAGAAAAGGAUUUCACAAGUGUAUUGAUCUCCUGAUUGAAAACAAUGCAGACAAGGAGAAAAAGACCAAGACUGGAGAAACGGCUCUACACGAAGCUGCACUGGCUAACUUAACCGAUACUAUCUACUUUCUAUUUUCAAGAAAAUUUAACCUAACCGCUAUGAAUGAUCGUUUGCAAACACCUCUUCAUUAUGCAGUAUCUCAAAAUAAACUUGAAGCAGUUGAAGCUCUUCUAUUUUGUGGUGCUCCAUUGGAUCUGAUCGACAAGGAUGGAUUAACACCCCUUAUGGUUGCAGCUAAAGCAAACUACACAGCGCUGGUCGAUAUGAUUAUACGUGCUGAUAGAUGGAGGAAGACAUAUCCAGAGAAUGCUGAAAGCUUCCUUGAUGAAAUUAUCAAUAUGCAGGAGAAUAAAUGUGCAACGCCAACAGUACAGCCAAGACGAUAUCAUGCUAAAUCUCGUAAAAAAGUGAAGAUAUCGAAUAACGAUAAAGACAAGUUGAGCGAUAAUGAUGACUCUAAUAAUGAUGAUAAUGAUGAAGAUGAUGACGAUAGUGGAACAUUUGUCGCUCAAAAAUCUUUGGCAUCAUUGCGCAAUGAAUCCGCUAAACAACAAAGCUCUCCACAAUUCUAUCCAUCAAAUAUUUUAUACUCACCAAGUAGUUCAGUUCAUAAUGAUGACUUAAAGAUGUCCGAGUUUAUUGAUCCAUUUAAACAGUUAAAUGCAUCAUAUGUUAACAGCGAUAAUAAUAAAAAUAAUAAUAAUAACAUUGGUAGAUAUGGUUAUGCCUAUGAUAAUAAUCAUAAUAAUACGAAUAAUAAAAAUGAUCGAUUCAUUAAUGAUCAUCGUUCAAGGUCAACAGCAAGUUCUGAGUCAGGCAGUGAACUAUCUCUAGGCUAUGAAGCUAGUCGUGACUGGAGCCAACGACAAAACCAACACCACCACCAACAACAACAACAGCAACACUCUCAUCAAUUACAGGAAUUCUCUUCAGCAAACGAUAUAAAUUCUUCUACAGUACGCUUGAAUAAUAAACGUAAUACUAAUUUUAGUUGUUCAGAAAUCAAUUUACAUUCAAGUGCCGGUACUAAUAACGGUAAUCAUAAUAAUAGCAGUAGAAGAAAUAAGUACAGUUUAAGCAGAAAUCAAAAAUUCUCCAGUCUCACAGAUUUAUCACAUCAUAUUAAAGGUGAAGAGAUUCAACUGCCUAACGGUGAGAAAAUGUUUCGCAUUAACAGUGGAAAAAUGUAUCAGUCGAAUAGGAAUAUGCGGUUGAUCAGUGGAUAUGGUUUGAAUGUAUCAAAUCCGUUUACUCUUAGAGCACCGUGUCAAACAUAUGCAGAAGACAUGAAUAUUUUAUUCUUCGAAUAUUCUCAUCAAUAUGCUAAACCAAUGGAUUGGAGAAAUUUAGCCCAGUUCUGGGGAUUUACAUCAGAAGAUGUCACGGCUAUUGCAUGCCAAGAUAUAGGUAAAAAUUCCUAUAAGGAGCAUACCUACCGUCUAUUGAAUAUUUGGUUACACGGAGUCGGGGAUAAUCAAUCCCCGUUGAAUGAAUUAUAUCUAGCAUUGACAACUAUUGGACGAAAAAGAAUUGCAUCGCUAUUACAAAAACGUAUUAAUGGAUUAGGUAAAGAAAAUAGUAAACAUAGUCGAUGCAAGGUUUCAUAAUUUCCAACUAUCUACACAUACUACUUAUUAUCAUUAUUUAAGCCUUAUUGUGAUAAAUUGAUUUUUUUCUUUCUUGCUUUCUUUCUUUCUUUCUUUUGGCCAAGGAUGUUUGUAAAGCUACAGUUACUUUUUCAGAGCUUUUUUUUGUUUUGGUUUUCAGUGAUUAAAUAACACCUGAUUCACACGCAUAUGCAUAAGGAUAUCAUCAUAACAAAACAUUGAAUGUCAGAUCUAAGUAUACCAUCGUAUCUAAAUCAAACUUCCACAAUUUGUGUUUAAAAAUAUCCUCACUUUCCUCAUCUUUGAAUUUUUUCAUCUUCUCGAAUCAUUUCUCAUUAUUUAUGAUUACUUUCUAUUCCUGUACAAAUCGUCAUUUGAAAGUAAUUGUACUAAUGAUGAUAAUAAUAAUAAUAAUUGGCGAUACAAUUUUGCACAUAAUUUUCUAUAACCUAAUACAACAAAUAGAAUAAUGUGAGCGAAGCGCCUUUCUGUGUGAGGAGGGAACCUCCCCGAUGAUAUUCAGUGGAAGCACCGUUAUAUUUUGCUUAGAUACUAGUAGCUAGUGUUAUGCGUCUAGUUGUCGCUUUGGUGCAGUUUGAGUCCUAUCAGUCAG